AUGUCAGCUCCACGGAACGAGCUAGCCAUCUUCUUUAACAAUCCCUUGAUGCCACCUCCUGGUAGAAUGCGGCACCGAAAGGAGUCGCAUCGGAUUCAUUCGGUGUUGAAGAGCACAGCCCGAGGCUUUCGGGCUCUUAUACACUGCCGACGACCUUUCCACCCACGUCGAUCUUCCCCUGUCGCACGAUACCUUGGGGCUGUUCCUGCCUUUGGCUUAGGCAUGACUUGUUUCCUGACGGAGCACGCACUGUCUAUCAAAAUGCGGCGGACUCUUGCGGAAUUCGAAGAGGCGCGCACGCCUUGCAGCGCUCUUUCCAGCUCCGGCUCAGAGAAGUCUAGAGACAGCACAUUACGAACGUCUUUGAAUCUUUCAUAG